AACAGUAGAACGCCGCGAAAUAAGAAUUGUCGCUUGCCCGCAAGAUGGAGUCAUUUUAGCGGAGGGCCCCACUGUGAAACUCAUACCGACUCUCCUGUGGCGAUGGAUUGGGGAAAUUGGUGGAUUCAAGUCUGCCACGGCAGAUCACCACCAUCACCGCUGCAGGUCAUCGCAAAGGAUUGGUCCAUCUGUCUUUUUGACAUUCUUUGCAGGACAUAUUCCCCAUCAACUACUGUAUGUGGGAAUCCUUUGUCACUAUCAGUAUCCAUGUAUUUGUGUGGAUCGAAUAGCUCACUGAGCAACCCGAAGCGAAUCACCAUCCGAUUUGGACGGAUGGCGUGUUUAAUUGCAGGCUAUCUCUGGUUCACUUUCGGUGUACCAUGGAUUGAAGCAAGUCAACCGAUCUCCGAUUAAGAUUUUGAAGGCUUCCGCCAGUUCCGCCCACUGUGG